AUGUUCGCCAACUGCGUCGUGUUCACACACUACGCGGGCGACGUCGCCGCCGUCGUCGAUGAGCACUUUGCGCGCGCUCUCGCCAUCGAUAAACCCAAAGAGAGUGUGCCGCUGGCGUCGCGAAACCUGCCAGCUUCGUUCUUCAACGCGGCGGCGUGCGGCGCGGGCGCGCCUGGCGGGCCGGCCGGCGCGCCGGGCUGCGGCCUCGAGCUGUACGAGUACGACCCCUGGCACCAGCCGUACGGCUACGCCCGCGACUACCAGCACGUCGGCUACGGUGGCCUGCUGCUGGGCCGCGGCGGUCUGCACGCUCAGUACAAGCCCGUCGAGUGGGGCGCCCAGCACGCGCACCUCGACCCCGCCGCCUGCGCGCCUUACUCCUACCCCGCCGUGCCCGGUCUGGAGGCGCAGGUGCAAGAUACUUCCAAGGAUUUGUACUGGUUCUGAGGACGCACACGGCGCGCACGUAGCGUGCGGCGUACGCGGCGUGCCCAGCGUGCUCGGCGUGUUCGGCGUGCGGCAGGCGCGGGCUACGGCCGCGUUCGUCGUCUGAACACUGCAAGGCUGUAAAGAAAGACAUUACUCUAGUUGUAGGCAUAAAGUUAGCUAGCGAUCGGUUUAGGCGUAGUUAAGCUUAUAGCCGACAGGAGCGGCUCGUGCUGCUCCCGUUGCUCUGCCGCUCCUGUCGAAGUGUCAACCAGCAAGGGGGGGGGGGCGACACCGCGCCACCGCUGAUCUGUAUUAUUGUAAAACAACAAUAUGAUGUUUCACCGCCUGAUUUUACAACGCCACACCUUACUUCUUAUCAGUUUCAAUUAAUUAUUAUUCGCAGCAUUGUUGAUUUACAAUAUUAUCCCUAAACAUUAAAAAUUAGCUAUUUGCUCGAAAUGUAAUUCCACAGAAUAAUCAACAUGAGACGUUUUAGUGUUGCUAUUGUAUAUUAUAGUUUAUGUGGUUGUGGCGGAGCCAGUUGGAACAGUGGUCAGGGUGGUGCGGCCACAGGACGGGCCGUACAUACGUAUAUAUACGUAUAUCUAAAGCAAGGAAAAUUGUAUUACAAGAUUCAAAGUUUACGUUAAAUUACGGUUAUGCGAAUACACAUGUUAAAGGUGUAGCUGUCCCAUUUCGGCGGAGGAAGCGUAGAGGCCCGCGGACUCAUUCUUCACAUACCCCCUAUAGCUAGUAUUGUAUUGUGCGCUGUGUCUCUUACCUAAUUGAGAGCCGCCACAAUGUUUGUAUGGCACUAUACCUCUCUCUAGACAACCAUGCGACAUGUGACAUGUGUGACGGGGCGGUGGUGGCGGUGGUGGCGGUGGUGGCGGCGGGGGCGGCGGGGACGCGCGGGGUUGCAUAUGCGAAUGUGCCCGGCAACAUUCAGUCUUAUUAUACACGCAGUGCAAGCACACUCAUUAUUAACAAUUCUUUGGUAGCAUUCCAAUUCAGAGACGCGGCGGGGCGAGGGUGAUACUUUACGUACGUAGAGAUAUAUAAAAUGUUUAAUCAUACGGUUGUGUAAGCCGUGCACCAAACUGGUUGCCACAGACAGCCCCUCACGCCCCGCACUCCCCGCACUCCCCGCACGCGCUACACGCCCGCAAGCCGUUAAUAGGUAUUAAAUAUAUAGACAAGUAUGUAAAUACAUACCCAUAGCUAGUAAAUAAAUAAAUAGGUUAGCCAUAGUUAUAUACGUAGAUAUGUGGCGCUAGGGCGUAAAGUUGUACAUAGGGCGUAGAGCGCGGCAGCGAUCGACGUGCGGUGUGUGGCGUGUGGCGUGUGGCGUGUGGCGUCAACCGCACCGAUCGCCACUACUAUGUUGUUGAUAUCGAUGUUCUCCGUGGCGACAGCAUCAUGUCUGCAAAAUGUUUGUAUUCAUGAAUAUUGUUUAAAAUCUAUUGUAAUUGCUUAUUAGAAA